UCAACGACACGUAUCGCGGUUGUGAUACUGGCGCUCUUCUAUCCCCUGCAAGUCUAUCGCCGAAGACAACGAACAACACAUAUACGAGGACCUCAGAGCCCAGGCUGGGUGUUUGGCUUCGCCAAGACAAUGCUAGAUUCUACCGCUACAACUGAAUUGUACGAACGCUGGGCCAAGGAGUAUGGUCCAGUGUACAAGGUUCCGGGUGUCUUUGGACAGUCCAGGGUCGUAUUAUGGGACCCGAAAGCAAUAUCUCAUUUCUUUGCAAGAGACACAUGGUUGUAUAACCAAACUCCAUUCAACAAGAUCGUCGUUCAAACAGUGAUCGGAAGAGGAGUGUUGUGGGCCGAUGGUGAAAGUCACCAAAGGCAGCGCAAGGCUCUCAACCCCGCCUUUACCGCAGCUGUCAUUCGCAACUUGACAUCUGUUUUCCAUGAUGCCGCUCACAAGGUCGCAAUCGCCUGGGACAAUGAGAUAGAAUUGAACCAAGGAACUCAUUGCGCAACCAUUGAUGUUCAACAAUGGUACUUUUCUGAACUCGACAGCGUGGGCAUAGCCGUCCUGUCCCAUGACUUCGGCGCACUCGAUGGAAAUGACUCCGACGUUGGGCACAUCCUGGAUGCAUUUGGUUCAUCCACCAAUGUUCCUAGCAACUUGAUCAUAUUGGCACAAAACUUUCCUUUCAUCCUGAAGCUGCCAUUGCCUGCCAUACGAUUCUCCCUAAAGCUUCGCCUGAUAGUUGGCAAAAUAUGCCAGGAGAUGCUAUCGCGUACACGCAAGGAAAAUGAAACUGGCGGCGCUGAGCAGGGAGACAAAUCAUGUUUAGGUUUGCUUUUGAGAGCUGAGGGAUAUGGUGAGAGCGCGGGACUGACUCCACAAGAAGUACUAGACGAGGCAAGGGCUCUGCUUCUCGCAGGCUUUGAGACUACUGCAGGUAACUGGGCUUUAGUAGAACUCGCACAGAAUACAGACAUACAGAGGAAGCUUCGCGACGAGUGUUUAGAGUUUGGGCCAACCCCCUCAUACGAUGACCUCACGAAUAAGCUUCCCUACCUGGACGCUGUGGUGAACGAAGUUCUUCGCCUCCAUGCACCACUCAAAGAGCUCUCGCGAUUGGCUAUACAAGACGACGUGAUCCCGCUCAGCGAACCUUUGCGCACAGCUGCCGGUAACUUCAUGGACAGCGUGUGCAUCCCGAAGGGGACUGUGAUCGUGAUCCCGUUCGCUGCACUCAAUUGCUCUGUUAGCAUGUGGGGCCCUGACGCAAAGGCAUUCAAACCUUCCCGGUGGUUUGAAGGGGAUGAAGGUAUGCUCGGUGCCAGAGAAACCCUGCAUGGCUACCGUCAUUUAAUGACAUUCGGUGAUGGAGCGCGAAUGUGCCUAGGAAGGCUUUUUGCAUUGGCAGAGUUCAAGGCUGUACUAUUCGUCCUCGUGCGAAAAUUUGUGUUUGAGAUGGAUGGCCCUGGAGUGCAGAUUGUGGAUAGUUUGGGAUCUUUACCAAGGCCGAGGGCGGUUGGGAGUGCUGAGGCUGGGAGUGUGCCUCUUCGGGUGCGUCGCUAUGAGGUUUGACUACGGUCUGUAACUAUGUAAUGGUAUGGUAAGAAAUUUGUAUACUAACCUCCAGUCAUCGACCUCAAGAUCCAUAUGCAUAAUUUGCCGAUCAUGUUUGG